AUGGUUGAACAGGACAAAAGAAGAAGGACCGAGUCUACGUCAGAAGCACUGACACUGGUGCCACCUCGUCCAUCUAAGAUCUUCAGCCCAUUCCGAGUUCUCGGGAAUGUCACCGAUGCUACUCCCUUCGCCAUUGGUACAUUAGGAUCCACCUUUUACGGAGUAACCUCCGUAGGUAAAUCAUUUCAAAUUUAUGAUUUGGCUACGUUACACUUGUUAUUUGUAUCCCAAACACAAACUGCAUCCACUAUUAAUUGUCUUGCUGCCCAUUACCACUACGUUUAUGCUGGAUACGCCAACAAGAUUGCCAUUUACAAACGAGGAAGAUUGGAACACACCUUGACAUGUGAGAGCACUUCUGCUGCUGUGUCUCAUUUAUGCGUGUUUGGAGAAUAUCUCGUUGCUACUAGUGCUGAUGGCGCUAUCUCCGUAUUUAGAAAGACUACUGAAAAGUACCACACUGAAUUAUAUACCACCAUUAGACUGAUUAACCCUGCUUUAGAUGGUGAUAUUGUUGGAUUGAUUCAUCCUCCUACUUACUUGAACAAGAUUGUCGUUGCCACCACUAGCGGAAUCUUUAUUAUUAAUGUGAGAUCGGGAAAGCUCUUGUUCAAGUCGGCCCUCGACCUGUUUGGAGAAGAACCAUUGUCAUGCAUUGAAUACGCUCCUGUAUUGGACAUUGUUGCCGUAGGUACUUCUACUGGUUCCAUUUAUUUGUACAAUUUGCGCAAGGGUAAAGUUCUCGGUAGCAAAAUUUUCACCAGUGGAUCAGAAUCGUCUCAAAAGAUCACCGCCUUGUCGUUCCGUACUGAUGGUGCACCCCACCUUGUAGCCGGAUUAAACUCGGGUGAUCUUUUCUUUUACGACUUGAAUAAGAAGGCUAGAGUACACAUUCUUAGAAACGCCCAUCGUGAAGUGCAUGGUGGUGUUGCCAAUGUCAAGUUCUUGAAUGGUCAGCCUAUCGUCUUGACCAAUGGUGGUGAUAACCAUUUGAAGGAGUUUGUAUUUGAUCCAAACUUAACUACUUCCAAUUCUUCAAUUGUAUCUCCUCCACGUCAUCUCAGAUCGAGAGGGGGCCAUUCCGCUCCACCAGUUGCCAUCGAGUUCCCCAAUGAGGAAAAGACUCAUUUGGUGUAUAGUGCCUCGCGAGACAAAUCCUUCUGGUGUUUCUCGUUGCGUAAGGAUGCCCAAGCACAAGAAAUGUCCCAGAGAUUACAAAAGUCCGGUAAACGUCAAGCCGGACAAGUCAGUUCUUUACGUGACAAGUUCCCUGAGAUUACUGCCAUUGCAUCGAGUCAAGCUCGUGAAGGUGAGUGGGAAAAUAUUGUGACGGCCCACAAAGACGAACCAUUUGCACGUACUUGGGACUCCCGUAGUAAGAGAGUUGGUCGUUAUGAACUCAAGACUAUUGAUGGCGGUGUAUGUAAAUCCGUCUGUGUUUCACAAUGUGGAAACUUUGCUGUGGUGGGUAGUUCCAAUGGUGGUAUUGGUGUGUACAAUUUGCAAUCUGGGUUAUUGAGAAAGAGAUAUGUUUUACAUAAGCAGUCUGUUACUGGAUUGGCUAUUGAUGGUAUGAAUAGAAAGUUUGUUAGUUGUGGAUUGGACGGACUUGUCGGGUUCUACGACUUUGGGAAAUCAAAGUACUUGGGUAAAUUACAAUUAGAAUCGCCAAUCACACAAAUGAUCUACCACAAGUCGUCUGAUUUAGUUGCUUGUGCCUUAGAUGACUUAUCGAUUGUCGUUAUUGAUGUGACUACACAGAAAGUCGUGAGAAUCUUGUAUGGCCACACAAACCGUAUUUCUGGAUUAGACUUCUCUCCCGAUGGUAGAUGGUUGGUUUCUGUUGCUCUUGAUUCAACAUUGAGAACCUGGGAUUUGCCAAGUGGUGGAUGCAUCGACGGGGUGUUUUUACCAGUUGUCGCUACCCUGGUUAAGUUCUCUCCCUUGGGUGAUUUCUUAGCCACUACUCAUGUGUCAGGUAAUGGUAUUAAUCUCUGGACCAACCGUGCCCAAUUCAAGCCUGUGUCUACUAGACAUGUUGAAGAAGAAGAGUUUUCCACCAUGUUGUUGCCUAAUGUUUCCGGUGAUGGUGGUGCAACAUUGUUGGACGGUGCUUUGGAAGAGGAUGAAGACGUUCAAAUCAGCGAAACAUACACCACCAGUGAACAAAUUGAUUCCUUGGUUACAUUAUCUUCUAGUGGUCCAAGAAAUAAGUUCACUACUUUGCUUCAUUUAGAUACCAUCAAGGCUAGAAGUAAACCUACUGAAGCACCAAAGAAAUCCGAGAAGGCGCCAUUCUUUUUACAAUUGGCUGGUGAAGUUGUUGGUGAUAGAGCUUCAGUGGCUGAGGGUGCUCUCAAAUCUGGUGAUGACCAAACUGAAGAGGAGUCGAGUAGAUUGCGUCAACUUAAGUCCACUGAUCAAGUAUUCGAAUCUGAAUUCACGAGGUUGUUGAGAGAAGCAAGCGAACAAGAGGACUUCACGGAGUUCUUGAACUACUUGGUCAACCUUCCGCCAGCAACCACCGAUUUGGAAAUCAGAUCACUCAACUCGUUCCCGCCAUUGAAUGAAAUGACAAACUUUGUCAAUGCAUUGACUACUGGUGUCAAGACUAACAAGGAUUACGAAAUUUACCAAGCUUUGUUCGCCAUGUUCUUGAAAAUUCAUGGGGAUGUAAUUCACAAUCACAACGAAGACGCCUUGAAUGAAGCAUUAGAACAGUAUGCUGACGUAACCGAAACCAACCAACAAUUGGAUGAAUUGGUCAAGUACUGUACUGGUGUUGUCAACUUUAUUAGUCGUUAG